CGGCGUGGGGGCGGGGGCGGGGUCAAGGGUUCGUGCGGAUCCAAGAUGGCGGCAGCGCCGGGGUGGCAGGGGCUGGCGUGGGCCGUGCUGGGCCUGGCCGGGGUCCUGGCCGUCGACCGCAGCAACUUCAAGACCUGCGAGCAGAGCGGCUUCUGCAGGCGCCAGCGGGCCGUGAAGCCGGGCGCGUCGCCGUACCGGGCCCUACUGGAGUCGCUGCAGGUGACGCACGACUCCCUGCGGCUGCAGCUCGUCCAUGAGGGCAACAAGGUGCCGCUGGUGCUGGAGCUGCAGGGCCUGGCCGGGAACGUGACGCGGCUGCGCAUCGACGAGCUGCACCCGCUGCGCCCGCGCUACCGCGUGCCCGACGUCCUGGUGCAGGAGCCCCCUGCCGACAGGCUGGCGGUGUCGGGGCGGGACGAGAACAGCGUGGAGGUGGCGCUGGGGGCGUCGGGCCACCAGCUCAUCGUGACGGCCAAGCCCUUCCGCCUGGACCUGUUGCAGGGCCGCGAGCUGCUGCUCAGCGUCAACUCCCGCGGCCUCCUCGUCUUCGAGCACCUGCGGCGCCGCCAGGACUCUCUCGCGGAUAAAGUUAGUAGCUCGGUCGGUAGCUUGUGGGAUAAGAUCAAGAGCCUUUUCUAUAGGGAGGAGACAAAGGAGCCUGUCCCGGAGGGAGGGGCCGACACUGAGACUUCCGAAGCGGCUGGUGCUGGGGAGGACGAGAGCAACGAGCACAGUUCCAAGGCUGAGUCAGCGACAUCGGAGAGACAGGAGACUUCAGAGGAAGAACCUGGAUCCUGGGAGGAGACAUUCAAGACUCACACAGACAGCAAGCCCAAUGGCCCGACCUCCGUGGGCCUGGAUUUCUCGCUGCCGGGCUUCGAGCACGUCUACGGCAUCCCUGAGCACGCUGACAACCUGCGCCUGCACACCACUGAGGGGGGGGAACCGUACCGCCUCUACAACCUGGACGUGUUCCAGUACGAGUUGUUCACGCCCAUGGCUCUGUAUGGGGCCGUGCCUGUGCUGCUGGCCCACAAUGUCCAGCGCACCUUGGGGCUCUUCUGGCUCAAUGCUGCCGAGACCUGGGUUGACAUCAGCUCCAACACAGCCGGCAAGACACUGUUUGGAAAGAUGCUGGACUACAUGCAGGGGGGCGGGGAGACGCCGCAGACCGACGUGCGCUGGAUGUCGGAGAGCGGCAUCAUCGACGUCUUCCUGAUGCUGGGGCCCACACCCGCUGAUGUCUUCCGCCAGUACACAGCCCUUACUGGCACACAGGCGCUGCCCCCCCGCUUCGCUCUGGCUUAUCACCAGAGCCGCUGGAACUACAACGAUGAGGCGGAUGUGGCAGGUGUGGACGAGGGCUUCGACACCCACGACAUCCCCUGCGACGUGCUGUGGCUGGACAUUGAGCACGCAGAUGGCAAACGCUACUUUACCUGGGAUCCCAGCAAGUUCCCCCAGCCCCGCGCCAUGCUGGCCCGCCUGGCCGCCAAAGGACGCAAGAUGGUUAGCAUCGUGGACCCCCACAUCAAGGUGGACACCGGCUACCGGAUCCACAACGAGAUCCGCUCCCGUGGCUUCUACGUCAAGACCAAGGAUGGCAGCGACUACGAGGGCUGGUGCUGGCCUGGCUCUGCAGGGUAUCCUGACUUCACCAACCCCGAGAUGCGUGCCUGGUGGGCCAGCAUGUUUGCCUACGACCAGUACGAGGGCUCGUCAGAGAACCUGUACACAUGGAACGAUAUGAACGAGCCAUCUGUGUUCAAUGGCCCUGAGGUGACAAUGCACAAGGACACGGUGCAUCACGGUGGCUGGGAGCAUCGCGACGUGCACAACCUCUAUGGCCUCUACGUGCAAAUGGCCACAGCGCAGGGACAGGUGCAGCGCUCAGGCGGGCGGGAGCGCCCCUUUGUCCUCACCCGCGCCUUCUUUGCCGGUUCCCAGCGCUACGGUGCGGUGUGGACGGGUGACAAUGCAGCAGAGUGGGAUCAUCUCAAGAUCUCCAUCCCCAUGUGCCUCAGCCUGGGGCUGGUUGGCAUCGCCUUUUGCGGGGCGGACGUGGGUGGCUUCUUCAAAAAUCCGGAGCCAGAGCUGCUGACACGCUGGUACCAGGCGGGUGCCUGGCAGCCCUUUUUCCGGGCCCACGCACACCUGGACACAGCACGGCGUGAGCCCUGGCUGCUGAGCUCCGAGUACAUGGCGCUCAUCCGCGAGGCUGUGCGCCAGCGCUACGCCCUGCUGCCCUACUGGUACUCAGCCUUCUACCACUCCAACCGCCACGGCACCCCCGUCAUGCGGCCGCUAUGGGUGGAGUACCCCGACGACACCACCACCUUCAGUAUGGAUGAUCAGUACCUGAUUGGCACGGCCUUGCUGGUGCACCCGGUGACAGAGCAGGGAGCCCGUGGGGUGCAGAUCUACCUACCUGGCAAAGGCGAGGUCUGGUAUGAUGUCUACACCCACCAGAAGCUCCACGCUCCCCAGACCUUCUACAUACCUGUCACCCUGAGCAGUGUCCCUGUGUACCAGCGCGGUGGGUCUGUGGUACCACGGCAGGAGCGGGUGCGUCGCUCCUCAGAGCUGAUGCGUGACGACCCCUUCACCCUCUGUGUUGCACUCGGCCCCCAAGGCAGAGCUGAGGGGGAGCUAUUCCUGGAUGAUGGGCACACAUUCGACUAUGAGACCCAGGCCCGGUUCCUGCACCGGCAUUUCCGCUUUGCUGGUAACACCCUCACAGCCAGCUCAGCAGACCCCCGAGGCACCUUUGAGACCCCAGCCUGGCUGGAGCGGGUGGUGAUCCUCGGUACAGGAAAGCCAGCUGCAGUCUACCUCCACCAGGCUGACGGGACAGAAACGCGCCUGGAUUUCCGUCACGAGGCUGAGACGUCCGUCCUGACCAUCCGCAAGCCGGGUGUCAACAUUGGGGCUGACUGGAGCAUCACGCUGCGAUAGUGCCCGUGGCGGGGGCUGCCUCCCCCAUUUUACAUCUCACUGGGGGGGGGGCCCCCAGAAAGCCAACUGCCUGCUCCACCUCCCCAUGACUCAGGGCUGGAGGCUUGUGAAGGGUGGUUGUGGGGAGACCCCCCUAGUGUCUGUGCCCCCUUCUAGGGGGAGAGGGGAGGGCACAGCAGGGCCUGAUGGGGGGUGGGGGGGGCCCUGCUCUGCCCUGUUCCCCCUCCGUCUGUCUCAGCUGCUUCAUAGACUAAUAUUUAGCAAUAUUUGCUCCAGGAUGUGAAUGCCGAAGCCUCGGGCUGUGACAGCAGAGGGAGCGGGGGGAGUGGUACCCAGCUUGUCCCCCUUCCUCCUCCCCACUGCAGGGGCAGGGUCCCUACAGUGGGGAGCCCCCCAUCAUGGUGGGACCAAGCACUUGCCCUCUAGCGGGAGUUGACCCUGCGGACCCUCACUCCAAAUCCCCCUGCCCUGGAGGAGGGGUGCCCCCAUCUUGUCCAGUGCCCCCUCCCCCAAGAACUCUUGGGGCUGUCCCUUUUUUGGAGAGGCCCUGGGGGAAAGCCACACCCCCUUCCCACCCUCAUUUCCCAAAUUGCUGAUCUGCUCGAGCAGAAGCAGGUCCUGAAUUAUGUGCCUGCAACAUCCCCCCCACCCACAUGUAGCCCCAGGCCUGCUGCAUUGGCUCCUGGCAUGGGGGAGGGGUGCUUGGCCCUGCUCCCCCCCCCAGCCCCAGCCUGAUUUGGGAGGAAGGGGGUGAAUCACUGUCAUGUAUUUAUGGGGGGGGGGGUGACACAGGCCCAGGGAUCAUGUGUAAGGGAAGGACUGGGGGUUUGUGCCUCACCAAGCCUAGAGGGGUGGGCUGGGGGGGAGGCACCGGCCCUCCUCCCAGGGAAAAAAGGGGGUGAUCCUAGCGGGGGGGGCUGCUUCCCUCCCUUUCCCCCAGCUCUUUCAACGCUGCUGCUGUAGCCCCCGCCGGCAGCAUCCUCCUUCCCUGCACUGCCCGGACCCCGCUGCAGUCACAGGGCUGGGGGGGGCACAGGAGGGGCAGGGACCAAUGGGGGGGGGGGAGGAGGCGUGCUCUGUUUCCCUUUUUUUAUGUUUUUUGAUGGUUUCCAACCCCCUCCCGGGACCCAGCACGGCUGCCGCGCGUCGAGGUUUUGAUAAAGGACGACCAAUAAAAAGGAAAAAAAAAGA